AUGGCAAGUGAUGAACAUAAAAUACUUUCAGACUACAUAAAAAGUGUCCAUUUAUCACUUAGGAAAUCAAGUUCCAAACUAGGAGCUGACACAGCAUGGCAGGAACAUUGUCGUAACGUAGACACUCUAUCAAAAUAUGCAGAAUGUAUGCAGAAAUUAGCCACUACACAUUGGGAAACUAACUGUAACAAUGAUACAAGCGAAGCAACUUCUAGAAUUAAAUGGGGAGUUGAGUUCUGCCAUGACUAUUUUAAUAACCAUUUGUAUAAGAAGUACCGUGAUAAAGAGUUGGGAAUUUCUCAGAGUAUAGGUCUACAAGUAGAUCUUGAAGAAUCAUUCUCUGAACCCAUUAAACUACUUGAUGUUGGUAGUUGCUAUAAUCCUUUCAAAGUCUACAACAUGUUUGAUGUAAUAGCAAUAGAUUUGUGCCCUGCUAAUUCUUCUGUUCUUCAAUGUGACUUUUUAAAUGUAGAAAUUGGAAACUGUCACACAAUAAAGGAUUUGACUGCUACUCAACUCCAGCAUGAGUCGUUUGAUGUUAUAACCUUUUGCUUUCUCCUUGAGUACAUACCUACAUCUGAGUUGAGAAUCGCAGCAUGUGAGAAGGCUUACAAACUUGUAAAACCUGGUGGCAUCCUUAUAAUAAAUACUCCUGAUUCUAAGCAUGUUGGAGCAAAUAGCAAGAUUAUGAAAUGCUGGAGAUACACACUGGCUCAAAUAGGUUUUAAUAGAAUUAAGUAUGAAAAAGCUAAAUUUAUGCAUUGUAUGGUGUUUAGAAAAUCAUUGAACAAAGAAAUUGCUCAACGAUGGGCAUUUUUGUACAAAGAACCUUAUAUGCAAUAUGCAAUCCACAUACCUCAAGAUUCCAAUAUUUUAGAUGAUGAAGAGUUAGACACAACAACACAACACAUAAAUGAAGAUUCUAUUCUAGAUGAUUUUCAAGAAUUGCCUUUCCAUUAA